CGGGUGAGGGUGGUUGUCGUGGAUAAUUCCCAGGGGCGGGGGGAAUUCGAGGGUGUUAAGGGCUUGGUCAGGUUUGAGGAUGUGGCGAGGGAUGGGGACGCCAAGGAGAUGGGGCUGGGCCUGGGGGAGGGCCUGAGUCCUGAUGAUGUGGUGAAUAUUCAGUUCACCAGUGGAACAACCAGCACCCCCAAAGCCGCAUGUCUAACCCACAAGUCCAUCCUGAACAACGGCAAAGCAAUCGGCGAUCGAAUGCUCCUGACACCCAGCGACAUCGUUUGCUGUCCACCUCCACUAUUCCACUGUUUCGGCGCAGUCUUGGGCUACCUGGCCUGCACCACUCACGCUUCGGCCAUCGUCUUCCCGGCCGAAUGUUUCGAUCCUCUAGCCACGCUCCGCUCGGUGCAGGAAGAGGGGUGCACAGCUCUGCACGGAGUGCCCACGAUGUUCAUUUCCGAGCUGGAAUUACUGGAGACGGGGAAGGUGAAGUACGAGGGAUUCGAAAAGCUCAGGACCGGCAUUGCCGCGGGCAGUAGUGUCCCGCUGGAGCUGAUGAAGCGAUUGCACAAGGUGCUGAAUUUGACGGAGUUGACUAUCUGCUAUGGGAUGACCGAAACCAGUCCUGUUUCGUUCAUGACCACCACCACCGAUCCCAUGCAAAAGCGCCUCGACAGCGUUGGACGCCUGCUGCCACACGUAUCCGCAAAGAUUGUAGACCCUGAAUCCCCCAAUAUCAUCCUUCCCAUAGGCCAGAAGGGCGAGCUUGCGAUCGCGGGGUAUAACGUACAGAAGGGAUACUGGGGGGAUCCGGAGAGGACGGCGGAGGUCAUGCUGCAGGAUGAGGACGGAAGGGUGUGGAUGCAUACCGGAGAUGAAGCGGAGAUGGACGGUGAGGGUUAUAUCCGGAUCACCGGCCGUAUAAAAGACCUCAUCAUCCGCGGCGGCGAGAACAUUCACCCACUAGAAAUAGAAAACUGCCUCUUAGCACACUCCGCCGUGCAGGAGGCGUCCUGCGUCGGGAUCAAGGACGAGCGGUACGGCGAAGUGGUGGCCACGUUCGUACGCCCGCACGAGGACCGAUUAGACGUCAACAUCGAGGAAUUAAGGGAGUGGGUUAGGGGACGGUUGUCGAACCAUCUCGUGCCGAAAUAUGUCUUCCUCAUCCGUGACCAAUUCCCCAAGACCGCCAGUGGGAAGAUACAAAAAUUCAAGCUGCGGGAGAUGGGCGAGGUACUGGUCAAAGACAUGUCCUCGAGCGGUGUUGUUGUAGCAGCAGCAGCGGUUAAGAAGGAAGUGGAAGUCGAGCAGUAGUGAUACCGUAUGU